CUUUUACCCUAACACACCACAGUCUUCUCCUCUUCCAUUAACACGCAUGUACGUCUGCUUCAAAAAAAAAACCCAUCUCCAUCUACAACGAUUUCAUCUCAGGUUUGCUGCCACUGAAACUGUUGAUUUAAACUGGAUCAAUAUCACCAACGCUAUUCAUCUCGACCAAUCUGGAUUUCAUGCAACUGAAGAUGACGGUUAACGGAAAUGAUGGUGAUGAUUCGUCGGAUUCUCUCAAGAAUAGAUAGGUAAAUGAUUCUCUAUCUAUUCUUAUUCGAUCUGUAAUCAAUUUUGGUUGUAUUAAACUGUUGAUUUUUCUAAUUUGGUAAAAAAAUUAGGGGAACAUUUUAUUAUCCGAUCAGCCGUUAGGGGAACAGUUAUUUAGAUUCAAUUCGCUUUGGUUGAGUAUUGAAUUGGGUUGUGGCUGUCGAUGGAUUAUAUGUGAUGGUUUUCUUUUAAUUAGAUUUAAAUGAAAAAAAAAACUUCAGAAGCUAAGUGUCAAAAUGGGAAACAUUUGGAAAUGUGGGAAGUGAGGAAACAUCUUUACGAGAAGGGUAUUGACAGGAGUUAUGUUAUUUGGGUCUUUCAUGGUGAAAAAGAUGGUGAUAGUGCGAUAAGGCGUCCAAGUGGUAAUUUUAUACCAACUGAAAAUGAUGAGCAAGUUAGAGAAGGUGUAGUUGGAUAUAUGGGUUCCUUUAUCGAUGUUGCUUAUGGAGUUGUUGACUGGGGUGAUGGUGUUGGUAUUAAUGAAGAACUUGAACCUGAAUAAUUUUUUCCUGAACCAGAUUUGGGUAAGCGAUAUAAUAGGUACAAACAGUUAGCUGAAGAAAAGUUGUAUCCUGGUUGUAAUACUGGCAUCCUGACUGCAAUUGUGGAGCUGCACAAUGUAAAGAAAACAUACAAGAUUUCAGGUAAUUGUGUAAACAGUUUGUUGGGUGUGAUCAAGGGUUGGUUGCCGGAAGGAAAUAAUUUACCAGUAAAAUACACGGCAAUGAAGUCGAUGCUCAAAGAUCUGGGGAUGAAAGAAAAGUCUAUCCAUAUGUGUGAGAAUCAUUGUAUUUUUUAUUACAAGGACAAUGAAGAUUUGACAAGUUGCCUGGAAUGCCUCGCACCAAGAUAUAAGGUAAAGGUUAAUAAACUUGGGGAAGAGUUUUCGUCGAAUGAGCCUUCCAAGGUAUUGAGAUAUUUUCCCCUUGGGCCAAGGCUCAAGAGAUUAUAUACGAUACCUUGGAUAGCACAUGCGAUGACAUGGCACGACCGGGCAGAAGUUUCUACAGAUUAUAUGCGUCAUCCGAUCGAUUCAUCUCAGUGGGAUUUAGUGAAGAAGAAAUUUCCGGAGUUUGAAAAUGAGGGAAGAAAUGUUUGGCUUGUAAUUGCAACUGAUGGAUUUAAUCCUCAUGGUAUGCAGUCUUUGAAUUAUAGUUGUUGGCCUGUGAUAGUGGUUGUGUACAAUCUUCCUCCUUCCUUGUGCAUGAAACCUGAGUUCCAGAUCAUGACGAUGUUGAUUCCUGGUCCUAAGGCACCAGGGAAAUAUAUUGAUGUGUGUCUCCGAGUGCUAGUAGAUGAGCUUAAAGAUCUGUUUGAGGAAGGGAUAUCUGCUUUCGAUACGAAGAAACAAGAAUCAUUUCAGCUGAGGGCUUCUUUGAUGUUUGGUAUCCAUGACUUUCCAGCACAAGGUAAUAUGUAUGGAUGCACAACACACGGCUAUUUUGCUUGUGUACAUUGUGCGGACAAGACUCGAAGUUCGUAUCUGUUGUACGCAAGAAAGAAUAUUUACUAUAAUUAUCGGAUAUACCUCAGGGGUAAUCAUCCUUAAGGAAGGGAAAGAACUUGGGAUUAGAAGCUGAUGAAACUAUGCGUGCUCCAAAGCGACUGUUAGGAAAUAAGUCGUUGGAGAAACUAGCAAAUGUGACUUACAAACCUGGUAAAUUGGUGGUAAGAAGCAAGGCGCCGAAAAGAAAGACAUACGAUCCCGAUGUCGAUGAUGAUCCUUAUGGUGAUGGUGUUGACAAUGAACUUACUGGUGCAUUCUAUAAGCAGACUAUCUUUUGGGAACUGAAGACCUAUCAUAUCCUCUAUUUCCGUCAUUGUGUAGAUGUAAUGCACACUGAUAAGAAUGUUAUGGAGCAUAUACUCGAGACGAUCUUUGAUUUUGGUAAUAAGUCUAUGAAAUCAAGGAAUGCAAUGGAUGGAUUGAACGAGCUUGGAUUGCAUUGUGGACAGUGGACUACUAGUAAACCCGGGAGUACAGUUGCUGCUAAACCAAUGUUUGUCUUAAGCAAAGCUGAGAAGGAAUCAUUUUGCAAGAUUCUGAAAGACCUCAAAUUUCCUUCUGGUUUUUCGUCGAACCUGAGCAACAAUGUUAAUAUUAAGAAUUCAAGUCUCAGUAACUUCAAAUCCCAUGACUAUAUUAUGGAGUAUUUGUUACCUGUUUGUAUUCAGCAUGCUUUUCCAAAGCACCCAGAGUUGCGUCGUGCACUUCACCCGAUUAGUUUGUAUUUCAGAUUGCUUUGCUCCAAAGUCCUAAGCAAAAGUGUACUGCAGGAGUCUAAAUUCAUGGUUGCCGAGGCAAUGUGUGUGCUGGAAAAGCUUUUUCCAGCUUCAUUUUUUGAUAUAAAUGUUCACCUGACGGUUCAUUUGGCUGAUGAGGCCUUGCUCUGUGGACCCGUUAGAUAUCGGUGGAUGUACCCCUUUGAAAGGGCAAUGAAGGAGUUCAAAAACAAUCCUAAUAACAAAAGAUACAUUGAAGGGUCUAUUAAGGAGAACAACCUCAUAAAUGAAGCAGUCACGUAUGCCAUGGAGCACACGUCAAAUCCGCGUGACGGAAAUCACCAAGCCAGUUGGGAGGCCUUUCUUGGAGAAGAGUCAGAGUAUAGUGAUGUUGGUCCUUUGGGUAAAAAAGGAACGAAAGUGACGCUCUCUUACACACAAUUUAUACAGAUACAAAGGUACUGGAGUUGCUGGUGUAGCAUUAGUUGGUAUAGGAGUUGCUAAAGGUACCGGAGCAGGUGAACUACCAAAGAUAGAUGGAUGUGCAACAUUACUGUCUGGUAAUGUGGAAUAAAUCGGUUGAUCACUGAGAUUAGCGCGAUUAUCACUAAGGUGACCACAGUCUGACAGUUUUCGGUCUCCGGACAAAUUACACUAAAUCAAACCCUGAAUCUAUAUCAGUUAACACCAAUUCAAAUAAAAAUUCAUUGUUACAC